CAUUGCUCAUAGCUUCGAGAAGAUGGAAGGGGUUUGUUUGUUUUACCAGGUCAUAUGCUUUCUUGAAAUUUCAGUCCUCUCUUGAUUUGUUUGGAAGUCCAAAUUAUGGUAUACUGCUAAGUAUAUACAUACAGAUAAUACAUGAACUUCUGGAGGUCACAGGCACUGAAAAAUAUUAUAGAGAUACUGUUAUUUUCAACCGGACAGACAAAUUCAUUUAGUACCAAAAGAGAAAUAGUUCUUUGCACUAGUUCAAUGAUAUAUCUGCGGAUUGUGCGUGAGAUUCUGCAUGGCUAUGACUUGUAGCUCAACAGUAGUUUGGAAAAACAAAAUUACUCUAAAAGAGGAACUAUUUAGAAAUCUAAUACCUCACAAAGUGCUGAAUUAAAAACAUACCUUGUGUAUGUGCAUGUAGAUUGUCAUUUGUUCAAGAAAACAGAUGCCUGACUGAUUAAUUGGUGGCAAACAAAUGCAGACAUGCUUAAACAGUGCUACAUAUCUGGCGAAAAUGGGAGAAAAGAGGCUGGGCAGAAUGUUAUCCACACAUGUAGAUUUAUGACAGGGACACAAAGUGGCAGAAUGUCUGUCCUUUUAGAUUAUACUGAUAUACUCCAUUUGUAACCUGAAAAGUUACAGUGCUUUUUAAGACACUAUUUAAAAAUGUCAUUGAUUUGAAGAAGAGUUAGCUUUCUGCUAACACCUGGUCUAGCCUUGCUUGUCCACCUGGCUUGUUUAAAAAAACAUUCUGGCUUUGCAAAAAGAUUUAUAGAUGUGCAGCAGUCAGUUGCUUAUGUGCAGUGCUCUGUGCAUAUAGAACCAGAUAAGCACAUGGGCAGUCAGCCGGAUGCAUUUGACAUGCAUCCAAGUUGCUGUGCACGUAUACAUCAACUGCAUGAUGCUCUCCCUGUGAGCUCUGAGCUGGGGUGUUUAUCACACUGCUUCUGCUCCUGGCCUCCUCCCCUCUCCGCUGGAAAAGAUCGUUUGUCUUGCUGCUUGCCAGCAAGACAAAUUGGGGAAAAUCAGCCAUCCUGGCUGGAAGUCGGCAGCCCUGAUCAGGGAAUCCAGUCAUGUCCUCUAAGGUUGUUCCUGCUGGGCGUCGUGUGCCUCUGAUGUACUUUGACACCGGCUCCAUGCGAUUCCGAAGGAAAGAACUGAUUUACAGUGGUUUACAGCGGGGAGAAGUGGUGAUGCCACAUAUCAACGCUCAGUUCCAUUUGCCUUCUGGCAGCAGGGAAACGAUGCUUGGCUUUUCUGCUCUGUUCCCAAGUUCUCCAGUAUUUUCCCCAAAGGUACAAAAAAGUUCAGAUGCUCGUUAUUGAAGCAACGCAUGUGAAUUUAGCAUGAAACUGAUUACAUUCAUGUUCUUUUAAGAUUUUUUAAAUUACAAACUUUACAGAAAACUGAUAGUCUUUCAUACAUUUACAUCUUUUAGUGCUCUCCUUCCGAUGCAUGUACAUACAGGGUGUUAAUUUAAACUGUCAUUAGAAAUGAGUACAUCACCUUUUUGUUUUCAUAGGCAUAGAUUAAACGUCUAAGCAGAUAAUGUAUCCAAUAGUUUUGUACUCAGAACUGGUUGCCUAGUGAGGGUAAACAGAUGCCCAGGAAUCAACUUGAUUUAAUGACUUUUAAAGACAGGCUGUCAAGUCCUCUAGCAGUGGCUUCUAAAAAUAAGAUUAUAUUAGUGAAGCAGUAAGUUCUCCAUUACCUGAAAGUCCAAGUAUUCUUGCAUAGUAGAUACUGGUUAUUGGUUUCCAUAAAUUCAGUCCCACGGUUAAGUAAAAUUUUCUCACUGGUAGUCAUUCUUGUGAAGGUCUUUGGGUUUGCAGUCUCAAGACGCACUUGUCAGUGCUAAAGGACCAACUGAAAGUAGUUUUGAAGUGAUCUUCAAUUUAGGAACUAACCAUUAAUCAGAGCGAGUACAGGGGCAGUACAGCAGCAGAGUGGAAUAAAAUAAUCCUAUCUUGCUGCCCAGAUUGCAAAGACCAUUCAAGUACUUGUGAUAAAUUUCAGUUUCUGAAUUCUUUCUUCUCUGCAUUUAUUUAUUUGUUUUGGUAAACAUUUGACUAGUAGUGUAGAGUGCAUGAUAGUGUAGAGUGCAUAUUAAAAUAUUUUUUAAAAUAUUAAAAUAUAUGCAUGCAUACGUGUAUACACAGUAUGUCAUAUCUACAAAACAAGAAUAUGUCCUUAUCCAUCAUGCUUCCUAUGAAGUCCUUUUAUUGCACCUCUUCUUAUUCCAGUUGCUACCGUAAUGAUCCUCCGACAGCAAGAAAGUAUUUCUCCACCUUUAUAACUGUUCUUUUUGUGCAAAGCAGUGCCUCGGAUGUGAGUGUUUUUGUGUGGAAUGAGGCGUUUGCUCUGCCAGGCUCAGACAAGCUCCUGAGCCAGGAUGCAGGAGUGAGACUGGGGCAGGGAUGGGGGGACACGGCACUGGGGUCACCAGGCCAGCCCUUCAGACGUGCUGUGAGUUCAAAGGCAAAUGAGGGGCAAAUCCGGAGCCCUGGUUUUUUGGGGCCAGGGCUUCUGUGUUCAUCACACGUUUCUUUUGGAAGGAUGAAAAGGGUGCCCAGUCUUCCUUUAUCCUCAAGGGCCCUCUCUGGGGCCAGCCGGUUUCCCGAGGAAGGUGGGUGGCAGUUUCCUUUGGAAUCUGUUGGCAGCCAAGCUUCAAAUUAACCUGCUGUGGGUAACGACACAGCAUCCCACCACCACAGUCACGGUCACCAGCUGCUCUGGUGCGAUGUCCCUCAGGCAUCUUGUGUGCUUGUCUGACAUUGCAUCUGGGGGGAAAAAAGGUUGGCCUGGAGCACUGUGAAGUUUUGAAUUAUUCUAAAAAGGAAGAAGGAAAAUGAAAAACUUGUAAUGGCUUUUUUUUACUACGGAGAAAGGUAGUAAAUAGCUAACAGAAGACAGUUGUUUCUAGUGCCUGUUUUAGCUAAAAUAACGGGGGUUAAUUAUUAAACCUUUUACUUGGUUGCUCACUUGUGCUGCUGAUGCUUUAAUCCUGGGUCACAGAAAGUUUAAGAGUGCUUUACAGGGGAGACUCACUUCUUUUUGCUUCAACUUUUCCACACUGACGGGAUGUUACGGGUUUUGCUGCUUACUCUCACUGUAGUUGCCAUUGCUCAUGCUGAGCUCUGCAAGCCAGAUGCACAGAAUGCUUUCAAAGUACGGCUUAGUAUCAAAACAGCUUUGGGAGAUAAUGCAUAUGCCUGGGAUGCUAAUGAAGAGUACCUCUUCAAAGCGAUGGUGGCUUUUGCAAUGAGAAGAUAUUCCAGCAAGAGCACAACUCAAAUUUCUGAUGUGCUGCUUUGCAAUGUGACGGAUCGGGUGUCAUUUUGGUUUGUGGUCACAGAUUCUUCCCAAAACAUGACAACUGUUCCUGGAAGUGUGGUAGAGGCAGCCAUCAGGAUGAACCGGAACAGAAUCAACAGUGCCUUCCUACUGAGUGACAAAACACUGCAGUUCCUGAAGAUAACCUCAACCUUAUCACCUCCAGUUGAACCCUCCACGCCUGUUUGGCUUAUCGUAUUUGGUGUUGUUCUUUGUCUCAUUGUGGCUGGAAUUGUUUUCCUUGUUGUUGCAGGGAUUCAGCAACGCAAGAAAAAGAAUAAAGAGUCAACAGAGAGAGAAAAUUUAGAAGAGAAAGGUGAAGUGACAGUAACAGUAGAAAAUGGGAUUCCUUGCGAAGCGCUGGAUUUAAAAGCAGGCCACAUUAAUGGAGUCUUUGCAGCAGAUGAUGAACGGUUCACGUCCUUAUGAAAUGCUGCCAUUGCUAUCUGGCGAUUUUUUGAAAGACUCCUGUGCCUACUUUAUCUCGUCACUACUUCUGAAUGUCAAACAUGAAGACAAGAAAAAUGUCCUUUCACUUAAUUUCCCUUGAGAGAACCUUUUCCUGAUAACAAAUACACUUGAACCUCCAUUACAAAGCUUUUGUUCAUGAGCAAAGCAAAUGAGAAGACGUCAAAUGAUAUCCAUUAAAGAUUUCCGGAAGAUGUACGGCAGAACAGGGUUGAAACCUGCCUUGUGUCAGGCAUUUAAUUUUUAAUGAUUAUUUAAAUAUGUCCAUUGCUUGUUUUUCCCUGAUAUAAAUGUGAAACUGCAUUAUUCCUGAAUGUCACUGGGGAGAUCAUCUAUCAUUGUCAAUUCUUGCUGGGCUUUCUUUCAAGCCAUAUGCAAAAGUUUCUCUGUAAAAUGACUUAUGUUUGCUGAUAUGCAGCAUGCCUUUGGGUGGAAUAGUGAUCAGUGCAUGAAAGUUUUCAUUUAUCAAGAAAAAAAAAGCAAGCUUUCACAGCCUCUGUAAGAGCAGGUUAAAAGUGGCUGGGUCAUCUAUAGCUUUAGGGCUAGCAAAGGUCUGAUACUAAAAGUGUUUUUCACUUGACAGUCAAAGUCACAGAUUACAUGACCUGGAAAUUAAAAGUUGCAAAAGUUUGAAAUCUGUUGAAAUUAAAAGUUGCGACAAAGGGCAGAUUUUCCAAAGGUGCAGUCUGUGGUUGGUGGCCCAGCUCUCAUUAAAUCUAUGAGGGCAUUUUGCAGCUCUUUGAAAAAAUCUUCCUUACAUUUUUUAAUAAUAAAACUAGAGUAGAUUUCCAAGACAUAGCCAGCCUGGGGUCAGAUGAACCUUCAUGUGACAGCUGGAUAGCUUUUGGAAAGAUUCAGUGCUUGAAACACCAGCUGCUGGGCUUGGUGCACCUGACCUGGGUGAGCACACGUAGGCAGUGGUAAGUCAGCAGAGACCAUUCAAACCUGUGUUUCCUAUUUGUGUGGCUGGGAGUUGAGGGCAUUGAGUGGUGCCAGACCCUAAACUGCAUUGUUGGAUUACUUUGAAGUCAGCCAUACAUACAGACUACAUACAUACAUACUAUCUGUGCCCUAAUCCCGUUCCCAUUUAAAUCAGUGAUAAAAUUCUGACUGAUUUCAGGAGAUCUGGGCCCCAGUAAAGGGGAGUUGUACAUGUGGGUACACAGAGAAUGGAAGCGUGUUGAAGCAAAAUGCGAUAUCUGCAGUCACCAAACCGCUGCCCACGUCACUGGAGGCAGGAUUUGACCAUUAGCCAUCCUGUUUCCAGUGUCAUGUUUGGAGGGAAUAUUAGAAAACCCAUUUACUUAUUAGGGUUAUUCCGUCAGACUCCUCACCAACAGGAAGAGGGUAAAACAGGGUAAAAGCUGUUUGUAAAGGACCGUCCAGUGUCCUGAAAGGGACAAAAGUUUCUUGUCUCCCAGGGUACAAAUUCUUCAGCAUUUUGGCUGUAAUGAGCACCUUUGGCUGUCCAUUUGACUCAGCGCUGGCUCUUGGGAACAGGCUGAGCAGAAGGGGAGGCAUGGGAGGAGGAAAAGGGGAAGCAGCGGGGCGAAGGGAGGAAGCUGCACGGGGGAAGCCCGAGGCUAGGGGAGACCGGGAGAAGAGGGCUAAAUGCAGAAUAAAACUAUGGAACCACUGAUCAUUUGCCUCACGUGGUCUCAUCUGUCAUGGUUAUCUUUGAUGUCCUGCUGGUGGGUCCCUCUGGACAACGACUGUGUCUUCUGUGUGCCCCUGCUCCAUUCUGGAAAAGGAUUAAUAAAGUCAGUUUUAGUGAUAAUAUCUCAGUGCUUCAAAAUUACCAUCCACAACAUGGAGAUAUAUUUCUCACAGGGAUGUCAAAGAUUAAGCUUACCAGUGUUUAAGAUCAUUUGGAGGAAGGAUAUAGAGUACAGUGUUAUUAUUGCUUCCUCAGUCAUUGCUCCAAGGUCUUUCACUCAGGCAGAGUUUUAUUGAGGUAAUUCAGAUCCCAUCAUUUCUAAACCUUCACACUUUUCACAUUCUUUGUAUGACAGAUAGCUACACUGCAGUGUGACCACAAUGGAUUGCAGUUACUGCAGCACCUCUGCAAGAACCCGUGAAAGAUUUCGGUGAGAAGAGCUUGGUGGUGCAAAAGCAACCUCAAGCUACCAAUUACAAUUACUGUUAUCCUGUAUUGUACUAUAUGAUACCGAAAUAAAACUCACUUGAUACGAAAAAGGGCAAAGCAUAUCUGAGCAUACUUCUCAAUGCCUGAGUGAAGGUUCAGUUCAGCCCGUGGCACUGGCCAGCGAUUUGAAAAUAGAUUGAAAGCCUCUGAACAAAACAUUAUGUGGUGUGGGCUGACUCUGGUGGUAAGUAUUUAAUCACUGACUUCCUCCCAGCUCACCUUUUAGCCGCAUAAUUACUUUACAGGAGUUUGGCGUAAUUUUCUGCUAAUGAUCAUAUGGGAUUCACCCAGAGCAUACAUCUUGCUUGCCUCUCUGCUGACAGAAAAUGGCUUGAGAGAAGCAAAUAAUACAUGAACAGGCAGGUAUCACACUUAGCAAUGCUUUGAAGCCAGUGUUGGUAUUAGCUCUUUCACUGAAAUAGGCACCACAAACUAGGUUAAUCAAAGGCACAGUGCUACAGAAGAAAUAAAUCUCUUUUCUAGUCUCUUUGUGCAGCAGGAUCGUAUUAGAAAACAAAGAGCACUUUGAUUUGGUAAAGCCUGUCCUCCAGAGCCUGCAAAUGGUACGACGACAAUUCAUAUCCCGUGAUCUGGCCCAGAUGUUUUAUGUAACUUUCACCAUUCUUUUUCUCUAAAUCACCUGCCACCGAAU